AUGGCCGAGGCCCGGCUACAAGCACGUAUCCACGAAGACGCCGUCAAGGCGCGGGCGACCGUUUUUCGUGACGAGACAGCUGCCGUCGCACCUGAGCAGCUGAAGCUGGAUGAAGCACGUGUGAAGAAAGGACGGAAACCGGCCCCCAAGACGUCUCCCAAGCGAGACUCGGCGUUGUCGCCGAGAGAAGGCAGCAAGAACUGCAGAUUCUGCGGCCGUCAAGCGCACCCCCGUAACGAGUGCCCGGCUAGACAAGCCAAGUGUCACUACUGUCGACGCCUGGGUCACUUCGAAGAUGUCUGCGAGAAGCGGAAAAGAAGUUUGAGCACUGUUCAUCUACAUGCCGUUUCGACCGCGGGCCGAGCAAAGUUUGUCAAGGUCGCCGUCAACGGGUACGACGUCGACUUCAAAGUGGACUCCGGAGCCGAAGUCACGGUGGUGCCAAGCACGUUUCCCGGAGCACCUCGCAGUCUCCAAGAGCCUGAAGGGCAACUCACUGGACCGGGCAAUCACCCAUUGACAGUUCUCGGUACCUUCCAAGCCACAUUGACUUGGAAAGGCAAGUCGGUAGUGGAGCGGGUUUACGUCCUGCCGUCGCAAGACCCGCCUCUUUUGGGGUUUCCUGCCAUCCAGAAACUGGGUGUGGUGAAGUUCGUUGACACCCUCUCCAGUCUCAACCAGCAGAGCCCUCUUCACAGCGACAUCUUCGAAGGGUUGGACGCCUUCAAGAUAAUUUUCGACUUCAACCAGACCAAUUACAUCUUGAAAUGGCUUUAUCUUGUCAAACCCCUUGGUAAUGGAACUAUCUGUUUUUUGUUUCGGUGA